AUGGCCUGUCCCCCUCGAGACUCAUUCCAAAUUGGUUGGAUAUGUGCUUUACCGAUCGAACUUGCCGCUGCCAAGGAGAUUUUGGAUGAAAAAUUUGGCAACCUCGACGUGCAAGAUCCCGCCGACUCAAAUGUCUACACACUAGGUCGAAUCGGCAAACACCACGUUGUGAUCGCUUGCCUCCCGCAAUAUGGGACCACAUCAGCUACGACUGUCGCCAACCACAUGACUCGCACCUUUUCAAAAUCUCUCCGCAUUGGGUUGAUGGUCGGUGUUGGGGGUGCAAUUCCAUCCGCUAGCCAUGACAUUCGGCUCGGCGACAUCGUGAUUAGUUGUCCCGAAGGCACUUCAAGUGGGGUACUUCAAUAUGACAUGGGGAAGAUUGGCACUGGCGGGGAAUUUCACCGGACUGGCUCUUUGAACAGUCCUCCCCGGGCGCUAUUGACGGCAGUCAAUCUAAUGAGGGCUGCGGAGUUGACGGAUGACCCUCUAUAUCCCGGGUAUAUCAUUCAAUCGACGAAGAGGAACACACGAACUCGAAAAAACUUUCAUCGACCCGGAGAUGGACAGGACCGACUCUUCAAACAGGAGUAUGACCAUUUGGAAAAUGCGAAUUUGGAAAAUGCGAAUGAAUGCGACAGCUGUCUGGAAGCCUGGGAAGAAAUGAGGACCGAGCGGGAGGGCAGUGAUCCACAGCUACAUUACGGUAUUAUUGCAUCUGGUAAUGCCGUGAUCAAGGAUGCAAAGACAAGAGAACAGCUGAGGCUGAGAACCGGAGCGUUGUGCUUUGAAAUGGAGGCAGCAGGUUUGAUGAUGGAUUUCCCGUGUAUUGUCAUUCGCGGUAUCUGUGACUAUGCCGACACGCAUAAGAAUAAGCAGUGGCAAGGAUAUGCGGCCCUAGCAGCAGCAGCAUAUGCUAAAGAGCUGCUGGGCUACGUACCCAUGGGCCAUGUUUCACAGGAGAACUUGGUGAUCAAUGUGUGCGAAGGAUUCAAAGAAGAGCUUAAAAGCAUCCGGAAUCGCUUAGACCAAGUAUUCGACCAAGAAGCACGACACCGCGACGAACAGAAAGCAACAGCGUCGAUAGAUCAACAACAUAAGUGUCACCAAGCCUUCAAGACAGGCAGCUAUACGGAGCAAAAAGAUAUCAAUCCAGCGAGAGCACCAGGAACCUGCCAGUGGGCUCUCCAGAGCUCCCAAUACCUUCGUUGGAAGGAAAGCAACCAUAAUGAUCUUCUAUGGAUUUCGGCAGAUCCAGGCUGCGGGAAGUCAGUAUUGGCCCGAUCGAUCAUCGAUAGCUAUUUGCAUGCUGCUAGCCCAACAGUGGCUGUAUGCUAUUUCUUUUUCAAGGAGAACGAGGAACAGAAUAAUUUUACCACAGCGUUAUGUUCAAUUCUUCACCAACUCUUCAGCCAGCAACCUCAUUUGUUGUGUUAUGCUAUACCAUCCUGGGAAGCCAAUGGCCAGAAUAUCCAAAAAGAAGUUGAUGAGCUAUGGAGAAUAUUCAUAGAGGCAACAUCCUCUGAUGGAUCGGUCAAGACUAUAUGCAUUUUGGAUGCUCUUGAUGAGUGUCGCGAGGUUGAUCAGAAUCAUUUUAUUCAGAGCCUCAAACUUUUCCAUCAACAGAUGCGUCAGCCCAAACCAGAUUGCCAAUCACCAAUUGAUUUCCAACAAACACAAGAUGCCUGUGUGAAGUUCCUAGUCACAAGUCGCCCUUAUCACCAUAUCCAGAAUCGGUUUCGAGAAAUCACCGACUUCCCGCAUCUUCACUUGAAAGGCGAAGAGGAAAAUGAUCAAAUCCACGAGGAGAUUGAUUUGGUGGUGAAAAGGCAAAUCAAGGAACUAGCCAUCACAGCGUCCUUACCAUUAGAUGUGCAGCAACAACUCGAAAAACAGCUCCUUAUGAUGGAAAAUCGAACUUAUCUUUGGCUUCAUUUAGCUAUUGAUGAUUUCAGAUCUACGUUGGAGAGCAGCCUCUGGUCUGCCAAGGAAAAAAUCCAGAUGAUACCCCCAUCAGUGGAAAAGGCCUACGAAAAUAUUCUUUCUCGAGUUCCCUCUGAGCGAAGGAAUACAGUGACGAAAAUCUUUCGAAUCAUUAUCGCGGCACGGCGUCCCUUGACAACAAGAGAAUUGGCUAUGGCAUUACGCGUAUCUGUUUAUCCAGAACCACGGACCACAGCAGAAGCUGGGUUAGAUUUACUUCACUUGGAUGAAAAGAUCCGAAGUCUAUGCGGCCUCUUUGUCUUUGUCAAAAAUUCAAAAGUACAUCUUAUCCACCAGACGGCCAGAGAGUAUCUUAUAAAGGAGGCAUCGGAAACUCCAUUCUCUAUGUAUUCUUGCAGCUUACAAGAUGCUGAAGACCAAAUGGCUUUCAGCUGUUUGAGAUAUCUGUCGAUGGAAGGAUUGAAAAAUGAAAACAACGAUGGAAACCCCAAUUGCGCAGACUUCUUGGAAUACGCGGCGAUACACUGGUCUGAUCACGUACGAGAAUUUUCUUCGGCCGCCGAGACAGAGGCCACGGAUCUGCUGAACUAUGUCUACAACCUCACGGCAGACCAAUUUCCAGUCUGGUUCCCUAUAUUUUGGAAGAGCAUCAUGGGUUCAGAGAAACCAGUCCCUAUAUUGAAUGCUGUGCAUCUUGCAGCCCUGAACGGGCACAAAAAGGUGAUCAGCCGCCUACUCUCUGAAGGCAUACUUGAUCCCAAUGUCGCAGAUACUGCAGGAUCAUAUCCAUUGACAUAUGCUUCGUACAAGGGACACCACGAUGUUGCUUUAUUGUUAAUCAGUCAUGGAGCACAUGUCAACUCCCGGGAUGAAUCUCUAGGCAAUGCGCUGUGCGCUGCUUGCUGGGCAGAUCGUGACCAGAUUGCGCAGAUGCUAUUAGAGCAUGGAGCCGACGCCAACGCCGGAGACGCCAACGGCCGAAAACCCCUGGAAGUUGCUUGUUUCUUUGCGAAAAAGAAUAUUGUGGAAACGCUGCUGAGCCAUGGAGCCAAUGUCAAUGACCAUGGAGCCUAUGGAAACGCCCUACUUCCUGAUCAAUAUGAGCGACGGACCGAAAUUAUGCAAAUACUGCUCAAGUACGGAGCUCAUACCAAUGCCCAGUCCCAAGAGCGUGACUUGGUCCUGCGGAUGGCAUGCGCAGGAAGAAAUGUCAAAUUUGUGCAAUUUCUAUUGAAGCAUGGGUUCAGCGUAUCUUGCAAUCUCUUAUUGCUUAUUUGCUUGGAAGGAGACGUCAAAACUGUGCAAACCCUGCUAGAGUGUGCAGCUGAAAUCAAUGUUUCUGAUGGAUCCCCUUUGACUGCCCUGGAAGCAGUUUGCUAUACAGGAAACAUCGAGAUACUGCACAUACUGUUGGAACAUAAUGCUGUUACCAACAGUCCACGCAGGCUCGACUAUGCUCUAGGGCUUGCUUGCGAAAUGGGACAAACUGGCGCCUUGCAGAUGCUAUUAAGCCAUAGGGCUUCUUUUGACAACGAAGAUCAAGGUGAAGCAACUUUGCUACGGUCAGCUUGUUCCAACGGGCAUGAAGGGAUUGUGCAGGUAUUGCUGAAGAAUGGCGUUGACGUAAAUGCUCAAGACCGGGACGGUUGGAAUGGCUUGCUUUUUGCUUGUUCCAACGGACAUGAAGAAGUUGUUAAUAUACUGUUGACCCAUGGAGCAGAUGUUCAUGUUCGGGAUGGGUCUCUUGGUAUCAAUGCCUUGCAGCUUGCCUCUCUACAAGGGCAUGAAGGAAUUGUGCGGAUGCUGCUGAACUAUGGCGCUGAUAUCAACAUCCGCGAUAAGCGUGGCUGGACUGUCCUCGAGUCUGCUUGUUCCUAUGAGUGUGACAAAAUUGUGCAUAUACUGUUGAGCCACAAGGCUACUCUCCACGCCGAAAACUAUCAGAAAGCGCUGCUAGCUGCUUGUCGGGUUGGGAACAGCAAGAUUUUGCAUAUGUUGUUAACCUGCGGGACCGCCUUCACUUCUGCAGACUACAUGAAAGCGCUAGUAGCUGCGUGUACGAAGGGGAAUAACAAGAUUGUGCAUAAAUUGUUAAGAUCCGGGACUGCCCUCACUUCUGAAGACCACCAACAAAUUCUGUGGCUUGCGUGUCGAACAGGGUAUCACAAGAUUGUGCGAACGCUUUUGAAACAUAGAGCGACAUUAGACGCCUUGAACGUCGUUAACCACCAACUGAAGGAUCUGGAGUUGCAGUCUGUUUGCGCCAAUGGGUAUAACAAGAUUUUACAUAUUUUCUUAACCCAUGGGCCUGCCUUCGAUGAAGAAAGCUGCCAGAAGGCGUUACGGGCUGCUUGUCUGACCGGAAGCCACAAGACUGUGCAGAUACUGUUAACCCAUGGAAUUGAUGUCAACUCUGAAUUCUGCCAAGUCACCCUGCAGUUUGCUUGCUCUCUGGAGCAUGAUAAAAUCGUGCAAAAGCUGUUCAAGCAUGGGGCUGAUUUCAAAGCUGGAGGGUAUCAAGAGGCCCUACAGUUUGCAUGUUUCGAAGGACAUGACAAGAUUCUGCAUCUCUUGCUUGAUCAUAGAGCUGAUAUCACCACCAAAGACCGUCAGAAUGCGCUGAACACUGCUUGUGUAGCAGGACAGGAGGAUAUUGUACAGAUACUAUUGGAACAUGAAGCUGCCAUUAAUUCCCAGAGUGGGAUAACUGGAGUUUCUGCACUGAGCCUUGCUCGUCGCCGAGGGCACGAGAAGAUCAUAAAGAUGCUAUUAGAGCAUGGCGCAAAAGAUGAUAGGUUCAUUGAAUUCUUGGACAGGCAAAUUGUGGAGUUGCCGAAGUUUUUUCUUCUGAUCUAUUGUUUUCUGACGUUUGGUGGCUUCUGUGCAUUUUUCUGCUAUGAUCUGACAACGCGGCAAAGCUAG